AUUGGAACGAAGAUUGUAGGUUUUGGAUUCAGGAGUUUGUUUGCAAGUGUUCCUGGGAUGUAAGAUGCUACCUACCCGUGGAAUAUGGAAAAUAAUCAUAACUAGCUUGUGCUUAUUGGACACUUAUGUGCAAGGCACUAUUCUUAGGGCAUUUUGUGUAUUAACUCAAUAUUUUUGCAAUAUCUCUAUAAGAAAAUGUUUACGAUCAAGUGGGGAAAGUACCUUAUACUAGUAGAACAUUUAUGCACAAUAUCAUUUCAGUUUUGUAAUAGGUAUAAUAAAGUAAUAUUAGAGAAAGGAGGAAUCAUUGGCCAAAUAACCACACUGCAGGAUGGAGCUAUCUAUAAUAAUAACAGCAUACUACGCAAAUCGACUGAACGGCCGAACAGCAGACCUAUCGUCCAGACGACCACACUAUGACACACACUGGCAUCAGGCCAGCCAAGGUCAGUACGGAAAUCCUUUAACUAAAUAUAUUAGACAUUAUGAAGGAUUAUCUUACGAUGUGGAUUCAUUACACCAAAAACACCAGCGUGCCAAAAGAGCAGUUUCACAUGAGGACCAGUUUUUACGUCUAGAUUUCCAUGCCCAUGGAAGACAUUUCAACUUACGAAUGAAGAGGGACACUUCCCUUUUUAGUGAUGAAUUUAAAGUAGAAACAUCAAAUAAAGUACUGGAUUAUGAUACCUCUCAUAUUUACACUGGACAUAUUUAUGGUGAAGAAGGAAGUUUUAGCCAUGGGUCUGUUAUUGAUGGAAGAUUUGAAGGAUUCAUCCAGACUCAUGGUGGAACAUUUUAUGUUGAGCCAGCAGAGAGAUAUAUUAAAGACAGAACUCUACCUUUUCACUCUGUCAUUUAUCAUGAAGAUGAUAUUAACUACCCCCAUAAAUAUGGUCCACAGGGGGGCUGUGCAGAUCAUUCAGUAUUUGAAAGGAUGAGGAAGUACCAGAUGACUGGUGUAGAGGAAGUAACACAGACACCUAAAGAACAUGCUGUUAAUAAUGGUCCAGAACUCUUGAGGAAAAAACGUACAACUUUAGCUGAAAAAAAUACUUGUCAGCUUUAUAUUCAGACUGAUCAUCUAUUCUUUAAAUAUUAUGGGACACGAGAAGCCGUGAUUGCUCAGAUAUCCAGUCAUGUUAAAGCAAUUGAUACAAUUUAUCAGACCACAGACUUCUCCGGAAUUCGUAACAUCAGUUUCAUGGUGAAACGCAUAAGAAUCAAUACAACUGCUGAUGAGAAGGACCCCACAAAUCCCUUUCGUUUUCCAAAUAUUGGUGUGGAGAAGUUUCUGGAAUUGAAUUCUGAGCAGAAUCAUGAUGACUACUGUUUGGCCUAUGUCUUCACUGACCGAGAUUUUGAUGAUGGUGUUCUUGGUCUGGCUUGGGUUGGAGCACCUUCAGGAAGCUCUGGAGGAAUAUGUGAAAAAAGUAAGCUCUAUUCAGAUGGUAAGAAGAAGUCCUUAAACACUGGAAUUAUUACUGUUCAGAACUAUGGGUCUCAUGUACCUCCCAAAGUCUCUCACAUUACUUUUGCUCAUGAAGUUGGACAUAACUUUGGAUCUCCAGGGCCUGGGGAUCUGAUGAUUUGUGACCACUGUGGGGUUCUUGGUUUGGAGCAGCAUGAUUCUGGAACAGAGUGCACUCCAGGAGAAUCUAAGAAUUUGGGACAAAAAGAAAAUGGCAAUUACAUCAUGUAUGCAAGAGCAACAUCUGGGGACAAACUGAACAACAAUAAAUUCUCACUCUGUAGCAUUAGAAAUAUAAGCCAAGUUCUUGAGAAGAAGAGAAACAACUGUUUUGUUGAGUCUGGCCAACCUAUUUGUGGAAAUGGAAUGGUAGAGCAAGGUGAAGAAUGUGAUUGUGGCUAUAGUGACCAGUGUAAAGAUGAGUGCUGCUAUGAUGCAAACCAGCAAGAGGGGAAAAAAUGCAAGCUAAGACCUGGGAAACAGUGCAGUCCAAGCCAAGGUCCCUGUUGUACAGCACAGUGUAUAUUCAAGUCAAAAACUGAAAAGUGUCGGGAUGAUUCAGACUGUGCAAAAGAAGGAAUAUGUAAUGGCAUUACAGCUCUCUGCCCAGCAUCUGACCCUAAACCAAACUUUACAGACUGUAAUAGGCACACACAAGUAUGCAUUAAUGGGCAAUGUGCAGGCUCUAUCUGUGAGAAAUAUGGCUUGGAGGAGUGUACCUGUGCCAGUUCUGAUAGCAAAGAUGAUAAGGAAUUAUGCCAUGUCUGCUGUAUGAAGAAGAUGGACCUAUCAACUUGUGCCAGUACAGGGUCUGUGCAAUGGAGCAAGCAUUUCAUGGGUCGAACCAUCACCCUGCAACCUGGAUCCCCUUGCAAUGAUUUUAGAGGCUACUGUGAUGUUUUCAUGCGGUGCAGAUUAGUAGAUGCUGAUGGUCCUUUAGCUAGGCUUAAAAAAGCAAUUUUUAGUCCAGAGCUCUAUGAAAACAUUGCUGAAUGGAUUGUGGAUAAUUGGUGGGCAGUAUUGCUUAUGGGAAUUGCCCUGAUCAUGUUAAUGGCUGGAUUUAUUAAGAUAUGCAGUGUUCAUACUCCAAGUAGUAAUCCAAAGUUGCCUCCUCCUAAACCUCUUCCAGGCACUUUAAAGAGGAGGAGACCUCCACAGCCCAUUCAACAACCCCCCCGUCAGAGGCCCCGGGAGAGUUAUCAAAUGGGACACAUGAGACGUUAACUGCAGCUUUUGCCUUGGUUCUUCCUAGUGCCUACAAUGGGAAACUUCACUCCAAAGAGACACCUAUUAAGUCAUCCCCAAGCUAAACCCUCACAAAUAACAGUUGAAGAAAAAAAUGGCAAGAGAUCAUGUCCUCAGACCAGGCGGAAUUACUUAAAUUUUAAAGCCUGAAAAUUCCAAUUUGGGGGUGGGGGGUGGAAAAGGAACCCAGUUUUCUUAUGGACAGAUAUUUUUAACCUAAUGGCACAAAAUCUUAGAAUAUUAUUGUGUGCCCUGUGUUCCCUGUUCUUCGUUGCUGCAUUUUCUUCAUAUGCAGGCAAACUUGGCUCUCUAUAAACUUUUAUCACAAAUUGAAAUAUAUAUAUAUAUAUAUAUUUUUCAACUGCCAGUCAAGGCUAGGAGGCUCGACCACCUCAACAUUGGAGACAUCACUUGCCAAUGUACAUACCUUGUUAUAUCAGACAUGUAUUUCUUACGUACACUGUACUUCUGUGUGCAAUUGUAAACAGAAAUUGCAAUAUGGAUGUUUCUUUGUAUUAUAAAAUUUUUCUGCUCUUAAUGAAAAAUUACUGUUUAAUUGACAUACUCAGGAUAACAGAAUGGUGGUAUUCAGUGGUCCAGGAUUCUGUAAUGCUUUACACAGGUAGUUUUGAAAUGAGAAUCAAUUUACCCUUUUCUUAUGAUGGAGUUGGUUCUGAUAUUCAUUUUGUCUUUAUCAAAUGGCUGCUAAGAGCACAUGAGUGACUAUGCUGAAGAACACAGUUGUGUUGUGCAAACUGGACAUAUGCAGCAUACUACUUCAGAGUUAGUUCUUUAUGUAAGUGUCUGAUUUCUGCUUAUUUUAAACUUUCUAAUUCAAUUCCAUUUUUGAAUUAAUAGGUGACAUUUUAUUCAUGAUUCAGUAGAAAUUAUGUCAAUGAAAUGAUUCUUUUUGUAACGUCUUAUUUGUGUUUCCAUAUAUCUAAAGUAUGCUAAUUAUGCUUUUGAUUUUUGUCUGAUAUGGAAAAGAAAAGCUGUGUCUUUCUUUUAUCAAAAUAUUUGAACACUUUUUUCUGUAUAUCAUCACUGACCAUUGGUAACCACUAAAGAAGAGUGAUUUGCUCAACUAGUAAAUUGUAGAUAGGCCUUCUGACAUUUUUCCCCCUAAAAUGCUUUAACAGCAAUGGAGGUGAAACAGCACAAUGUCCCAUUCAAAAAUUAUUUUUUAAACAGAUGUAAAUAAUUGGCUUUUUAAAGAAAGAAAGCAAAAGCAUUUAAUGUAUUAACAGGCUUAUUGCUAUGCAGAAAUGGAAGGGGGCAUUACAAGAAUAUUUUAAGCUUGUGACAUAUUUAUUGCUUCUGUUUUCCAACUACAUCACUUAAAUUAGACAUAAAUAGCUAUGAUUUUCCUGGCUUCAUGUAGGAGGCAAAUUUAGGGAAAGUUGAAAAAAUUUGUGUUUUGGCUUCUUUUUUUCCUUUUUUUCUUAAGAGUAUAAGGUUUACACAAUCAUUCUCAUAAUGUGACGCAAGCCAGCAAGGCCAAAAAUGCUAGAGAAAUAAUGGGAUCUCUUCCUUGUAAACUUGUACAGUAUGUGGUGACUUUUUUCAAAAUACAGCCUUUUGUACAUGAUUUAGAGACAAAUUUUGUACAUGAAACCCCAGAUAGACUAUAAAUAAUUCUAAACAAACAAGUAGGUAGAUAUGUAUGUAAUUGCUUUUAAAUCAUUUAAAUGCCUUUGUUUUUGGACUGUGCAAAGGUUGGAAGUGGGUUUGCAUUUCUAAAAUGGUGACUUUUAUUCUGCAAAGGUUCUUAGUAACUUCUUGAGUGUGGUAGACUUUGGAACAUGUACAUUUUUUGCUUGUAAUGUUAUCCUGUGGUGAGGUUUUGGCAGGUAUACACUGCCCUGUUUUAUUUUGAGUCUAAGUUAAAUGUUUUCUGAAAAGAGAUACAUGCACUGAACUCUCCACGGCAGAUCAAGAUGUGGUAAAACAAAAGGAUCAAGACAAAUAAGAUCUAAUACUACUGUCAGUUUAAUGUCCACUGUGUUUUAUACAGUAUCUUUUUGUUCACUUUGGAAAUUUUUACUAAAAAUUGCAAAAAAUAAAGUAUUGUGAAAAGAUGUAAGGUUUUUUGAAACUUGAAAUGCAUUAAUAAAUAGACUUGAUGAAAUCAA